GAAAAGCUGUUAAUGAAGCAAUAUAAUCAUGACUUCAAUGAAAGUACCAGCCAAGAACAUGAAGAAAUGUCUAGAGAAGAAUUGAAAUUCUUAGAUAUUAUGAACCAUUCAGUUAAGAUGAAAAAUGGACAUUAUUGUUUGGAUUUACCUUUCAAGAAGGAAAGUGUUAAUUUACCAAAUAAUCGCUAUAUGGCUGAACAGCGUAUUCAUGGUUUGAAACGUAAAUUUGUUAAGAACACGAAAUUCCAAGAGGAAUAUACAUCCUUCUUACAGAAUAUGAUUAAUAAUGAUUAUGCUGAAAGGAUACCAAUGAAUCAACUAUAUCGAGAUGAUGGAGAGAUCUGGUAUAUUCCGCACCAUGGGGUGUACCACUCGAAGAAAGGGACAUUGAGGGUGGUCUUUGACUGCGCGGCAGUCUUUAAAGGGACAUCACUUAACAGUGAAUUACUGCAAGGUCCAGACCUUACUAACUCGCUCCUUGGAGUUCUCAUCAAAUUUAGGCAAGAACCGAUAGCUUUGAUGGCUGAUAUCAGAGCAAUGUUUUAUCAAGUGAAAGUAACUGGUAAACAUAUUGAUUAUCUGCGAUUCUUAUGGUGGCCUGAAGGGGAUGUGCAGCAAGACCUUGUUGAUUACCGAAUGAAAGUACAUCUUUUCGGAGCAGUGUCAUCUCCAAGUUGUGCGAAUUUCGCUUUGAGGAAAACCGCAGAGGAUAAUAAAGAUUAUUUCCCAGAGGAGGUAAUUUCCACUUUGAUAAAUAAUUUUUAUGUGGACGAUUGCCUAAAAUCCGUAUCUACCGAGUUAGAGGCAAUUCAAAUAGUGAAGCACCUAACCUCUCUCUGCAAUAAGGGAGGAUUUGUACUUACCAAGUGGGUCAGCAACAGUCGUGCUGUUUUGGAAAGCAUUCCACCAGAUGACAGAGCCGAAGAAACCAAGGUGAUGGAUUUAGACAAAGACAACUUGCCAAUGGAAAGGGCACUGGGACUGCACUGGUGUGUGGAAACGGAUGUGUUUAAGUUUAAAUUGUCAAUUCAGGAACGACCAUGCACAAGAAGGGGUAUCUUAUCUGUGAUUGGUUCAGUAUAUGAUCCUUUGGGAUUUCUGGCACCAUUUACACUGCUAGCCAAGUUAAUUUUACAGAAUCUGUGUCGAGAAAAACUUGGUUGGGAUGAGAGUAUAACUCAAACAUCCUCGCACAGUUGGACAGAAUGGUUAAAAGACCUCCAAAAAAUGUCAACGUUUAAGGUAGAUCGGUGUAUAAAGCCUAAAACCAUUGGUAAUAUCGGAAAUGCGCAACUGCAUCACUUUUCGGAUGCCAGCGAAAGUGGUUAUGGGACUGUUUCAUACUUAAGACUACAAGAUGUAAACAAAAGAGUGCAUGUUGCAUUCGUAAUGGGAAAAGCCAGAGUAGCACCAUUGAAGCAAAUGACGAUUCCCAGAAUGGAACUUACAGCAGCAGUCUUAGCUGUGAAAAUUGACAUAAUGCUGAAAAAGGAACUGCAAUUUCAACUGGAAGAAUCUACCUUCUGGACCGAUAGUACUACGGUUUUGAAAUACAUUAACAAUGAAAGCAAACGUUUUAUGACAUUUGUUGCAAAUAGAGUUUCCUUUGUACUAGGAGCUACUAAUGUUUCUCAAUGGAGAUAUGUUAAUACAAAGGAAAAUCCUGCGGAUGAAGCCUCUAGGGGACAAACAGCAAAUUGCUUUCUUAAUAACAAGAGAUGGAUCAAUGGGCCAAAGUUUCUUAGUAAGCCAAGUAGAGAAUGGCCAAAGCUUGAACUCGGAUUUGAAAUCUCUACAACAGAUCCGGAAAUUAAACAAAACAUUUCGGUGAAUGUGAUUGAAAAAAACUCAUAUGACACCGUGAAUAGUUUAAUUACCCACUUUUCAUCAUGGAAUAAAUUGAGAACAUCGGUAGCCUGGUUUCUUAAAAUAAAAGCAAGAUUGUUGAUGAAAAUUCGGGAAAAGAAACAAAUAACAGAAAGUAUCUUGGAGAAGAAUCCUGCGGAAAGGGGGGUAGAAUACUGGAAAUCAUGCCUGAUGUUCAGGGUUUGGUACGUAUAGUGCGACUGAAAACAAAAAACAAUGUUUUAAUAAGACCAAUAACUAAGUUGUGCUUGCUUCUAGAAGGCGAAAGCGAAGAUGGAAGAGUCGAGAAAGAAUUGUGAUUGCAGAUAUAUAGUGCAUGCUAUUUUUUCCUCAUUAGUAUAGUGGUUAGUAUCCACGCCUAGCAUGCGGGCGAUCGCGGUUUGAUUUCCUGACGAGGGAGCCACAGGGUUUUAUUCCCUGAUAUUUUGAUUUUGAUUUUGAUUUU